AUGAUUCGGCGCAACUCUGACGUCGAAUUCUCCCUUCCAAACUCCGGUGUGGAUGGUCGGGUCACGCCGACGAACGUUCCUAACGAAGGGGAUGUCGAAAUGAUUUCAGAGGAUACCCCUUCGCCUCUCACGCUCCCUCCGCACCUAAUCGCCCGCCUUUACCCAAUUCCCAAGGACCGUAGACGACCGUCUGCUUCGUCUUCUCGCCGCAGCUCCAUCUCGUCCCUUCACUCUGUCGUGUCCACUCAUGGAAGCUCGCAUAGCGAUCAUAUGGCGCAACAUCUGCGCCGCGCUUCCAUAAUCGAAUCUCGCAAGGCGCGUCUUGCGGAUAGGGCGGCGCACGUCGAGAAAGUUAGGUUACGCGCAGCCCUUGCGAAAAAUGCGACAAAAAAUGCAUUGAAGGAGGAGCGAGCCCUGGCAGCGCAGCAGGCGAGGGAAAAACUGUUAGCUGACAUCGCUGCCAAAUGCGAGGAAGAGGUGCGUAGGGCUAAGAAAAAGGCAGAAGACAUAAAAGAGCGAAAGGCUGCAGAACACGCAAGACUCCGGGUCGAGAUGGCGGAGAAGUUUGCGGAAGUCGAGCGAAGGAGGCUGCUCUAUCAGCAGACUCUCCGUCGGCCUCGAAGGACAAGCUCUGUGGAGGGGAAGCCUCCCAAGCAAAUGCCAGUGAAAAAGCUCAGCCAGAAUGCGGCUGUGUGUAUUAUUCAGAAGGCAUGGCGCAAUCAUCGCGCUCGCACCACGAUCAAUUUGUUUAGGUCCUUGGAUCUGUCUUUGGAAAGAAUCCGCAAUCUCAGCUUUGAGGAGGUUGGGGCGCUGCUUUCCGAGGAGAAUGUGCUUAAUGUGACCACCAAAGUGCUCCGUUUGUGUGGGCUGCAAGAUUUGGGAGAGAGUUCCAUGAGCGGGAGAGGUGCUGUGCGAGUCUUCCUGAGCAGUUAUCUGAUCCUGUCCCAUCCUGCACAAGCUUUGAGCAGCAAUGGAGAGCAAGAGCAGGAUUUAAUUACAAAGGCGCAAGAUUUGCUUGUCAUCUUCGAACAAGUCAUUACCCAGCUUUCAUCAAUUGGAGUUUCCCCAGUGUCCUUAUCCAGCGACCUCCAAACGCUGUCGCAAUCUUACAAUACUUUCUUCUCUGCCUUCCACGCUUGGAAAACCCACGAUUCGACGGUGCUGAUCGAGAUUAUGCUGGCCCAGUUUGUUGAACUGGAGCUUAUAUGGCAAACGGUCAAAGAUGAUCGCGAUGGAGGAGUUGCUGACGAUUACCAGAAGGGUAUCCGUCACAACCAGAUUCUACUAUUAGCACGUUUGAAGAGACUUGCUGGCCGAGACAAGGCCAUGGAGAUGGUUAAACAGGCACUGAAAAAAGCAAAGCGAGAAAAGCGUCGAAACGGAGCCUCCAGCGAAGCUAUACCCCGUGCCGUAACUGACCAACCCUCAGCCACCAAUGGACCCCCAGAGGACGUUCACUCCCCUCUUGGUGAAGUGUUUUCAGCUGAUACCGAGCGUUGGCCGCAAGACUCCCUUGAAAAUCAGUUGAGUCCACAGGAUCGAUUCGUUAAGCUCCUGACGGCUUUACCAGAUAACAGAACUCUUGUUCAUGAACUGUUAAUCAACCGCGAAUAUAAGAUUGACCAGGGAUCAUACACAGAAGUCCGAGGACGAGUUAUGAAGCAUAUGUGCGAGACGAUGAGGAGAGACGCCGAAGUUGGCCUUGGCACCAGCUUGACCGUUGCCAUGGCCACUGUCAUCCAGGACCGACUUCUGCGUUCGUUGAAGCCUGGAAAUUCACUCCAUAACUUAAUAAGCGAGGUGUUAGAUCCAAUUCACAUCGCAAAUCAGUGCAAAGCCGGAAAAUUCUCGUACGAUGCAUUUUUCGACUUCAUGAGUACCAUUCUUCCUAAGCUGUGUGCUCCCUUCCGUGACCCAGACGUGAAAGCCUUCGCGGAGGACACGUCCGGAGAUGCAAUUGACCGCUUGGCUAGAUUGAUGGGCAUAAUCGACCUCCUAUCCUUGGACCAUACUAAUUUCAUGUUGCAAAUGGCUGCCCCUCAGCUAAUUCGAGAGGGGCCUGGGUACGAACAGCGAGCGUUUAGCAAGGAGGUGGAAAACGGAACGAUCACGCUGGAGAAGACAAGGCAGUUUUGGCGGUCUAACCGUGACUCAAUCAUUGAGGAACUUAAAAAACGAGACCCUGGAAGUUCGGGGGUUACACCUCCCGUCGCAAAGAUAUAUGCGCAGGGAUUGGUUAAUCUUGUCUUGAGCAAUGGAAGGCUAUCUCAUGAUCAAGUUCCGGAAACGCUGAGCCUGGAUCACUCUCGGCUGGAGGCCCUCCGAUCUCAAUCGUUCAAAAUCGCGGCAACAGCCGCUAUCCUUCUCAGCGCGAAGAACUUGUUGAAGCGGGAUGUUCGGUGUCAAUGGAAGGGAGAAGCAGAGCGUAUUCUGUCUCUUGAUUUUGGUGAAAUUAAACCGGAACGCGUUCAAUCUAUUCUUGACUCGACACAUCCCAUGCCAGCAGCAACAAGAUCACAGCUUUUUGCUACAAUCAAGCGGGUUUUGAUGCCAGCUUCUGCGGCAUCUGCGACGGCUUCGUCUUCAUCGGCACCGGGCGUUAUGGCGACAAGUGGACCAGCUGCAUCGUCUUUCAUCCAAUCUUCAAAUGCACCCACCGAAAUAGCCACAUGUGCGCGAUACUUUACAGAUCCGGUUGCAAAGUUGAUGUUGUCUCGGCUUCGGGCACACGUCCUGGCGCGCCUCAGCGCCGCCAGUGCGAAGGAGCGGGUUCGCACCACCAGCACUGCCAGUCAAAGUCUUGCAGCAGCGGGUAUGCCGGAAUUUGUCAACGAGGUGGGCAAGCUUGUGGAUAGCUUGAAUCGAAUCCGGGAAGUAGACUGGAUGUGCCAUGGUAUGACGUAUGAGAAUAUCUGGAGCGAAGAUGCUGAUGAAUAG